AAUUCUUAGAAUCUUAAUAGCAAAGAUAUAUCGUGUGAAUAAUCUGAGGAAGCUUAAAUCACCCAAUCGACCUUAGAAAUGCAGGAAUUGUGCAUACGUACGUUUAGAAUUUUAAGAGUAAUCCUCAGGCCAUUUUAUAAUACCAUAUUUUUCACAAUCUUGAAUAUUCGCUUAUAGAAGAUGACAAUUACGUGCUUUUAAUAUUCGGAUCAAUGUGUAUCGACUAUCGAGUCCUCGCUAAAAUUUUAUAAAACGCAACAUAAUCUUCUGGCAGUGAGAGAGAAUAUAAAGUGGAAAAUCCAAAUGAUUAAAACGAACGUGUGUAAUCAAUAUUGAGGAUCGUUGAUUAAACAUAUGUUUUGCAUAUUUUUAAAGCAAAAUUCAUAAAGAGUCAUAUAUGGAGUGGAAACAUUGUAAUUUAACUACUAAAUUUGUUCCCUUCCUUUCUUUUCUGAAUUUUUAUAAUUCUCAUGAUUGGUGAUUUUAAAUCCUUUGCGUGUCAAGAAUGUCACGAAAAUUUACGUAACGUCGUUAUAAAUUUGUGAUAAAAGUUGAAAAAAAAGCUUGAGAUGAAAUAUUUAAAUAAUAAUAUAACGAUUAUAUUUUGAUGUAUGGGUUUGUACCCAAUAUUUGUAAAAUAUUGUAUUACAACGCAUUAAAGUCCGUCCAUAUUAUGAACAAAACUAUAAAAAUACGUAGAAAUCAGAUAGAGAACUAACAGAAUAAGCUGAACAGAACAAAGUAUUUUAAUACUAUUUAAUUUUAUACUUAUAAGAAUAUCUUAAUUGUAUAAAAAGUUGUGUAAAUAAGAUCAUAUAAUAUAUAUUUUAACUUUUUUCUUUAAUCUUAAUUUAUUACUUAUUAUACGAAAACAUGCAAAUAAAGUGAUUCUGAAAUAUAUACUUUUUUUAAACAAAAAAAUAUUUUUUUGACAACAAUAUUAAGAAAUAGAGUUUCAUCAAAGUAAUUAGUGCGAUAGAUAUUUGGAAAUUAUUCAUGUCUAAAUAUAUAAGAAAGAAAAUAUAAAUAUUUAUAUAAUGAAAUCUUUCAAAAGGUACAAUUUAUGCAACGACACAAACAUCGAAGCUUUAAAAACUUAUUAUAUCGUAUUUUUUGUAAAAUCUUUUAAAGUUAAUUGUACGUCGAGUUUGGAGUAGCUUCGUUUAAAUAUUACCUUCGAUAUUUGAAAGACUUUGCUAACAAUAUUAACUUUAAUUUUGUUUUUCAUAUAUAAUAAUAUUCACAGUGUAAUGAUUAUAUAAACAUUAUGACAACGAUAAUUAUAAUUGUAAGUUGAAGUUUAGUUUCUGUAUGUAUGUAUUCGACCUAUGUAUGUACCUGUUUGCAACUUUAACCGUAAAUAUAAUUACAUGGCAGUGAUUAGAAUUCGCGAUAGCAUUCAGUCGUGGUAAUGAUUCAUUAUCCUAGAAAGUAACAAUUAAUUAUUGAACACUGAAAUUUUUAGCUUUACUCAAUCUACGUGUAUAUAUUUAACAAGUGUUUUAAACAUAUUUCUAUUAUGCUAAAAAAAUUUUUAUGCUAUAUUUCAUAAAAUAUAAUUAUUAUAUAUCAUAAAAUAUUAUAUUAUAUCUUCUUCCAAAAAUAAAUAAAUAAAUAUUUUCGUUCUUGGAGACAAAAUAUUAUGAUCCAGUUUUGUCCACUCUGCAAUUUCAAGAAACGCGUUAUUGCCCAACAUACUUGCGGAUACGUUGGAGAAAUAAUAUUCCUAUAAGCUUAAAUACGUUUCGAAAGGUGUGCAAGCAUCAGACAUCAAGAAACAUUUUCAAACGGAGAAUACAAAUCGAUAUAUUAAUUAACGUGUAUUUACAGUUUGCAUCAUGUAUUCUAUAAGAAGACGAUUUUUGUGAUCCUUUAAUCUUGUUAUACCUCGCAUAAUGACUUUUUUUAAAUGGAAUUUUUUAUCUAGUAUAACAGUGACUUUCAACUUGUAGUUUCUAUGUUGAAACAAAAAAAGAAAAGAUUGUAUUGUAACAAAAAAUUGUGUUCGUUUAACCAAUAGUCCGAAAGAAGUGCUUUUCUGAAAUGACCAUUAACGUCUUCACCUAUAAAAACACAAUCGUUUCUGGGAAUUUGACUGGCAAUUAAUCUAUCAGCGAUUCAAUUGUUACUUCUUACAAAGCUUUUUUAAUUGUCUCUCUCGAUAUCUAUCCCUUUGAUCUGAUAUAAUCCCUAAUAAAUUUUAAAUACGAUCUAGAAUUUUCACACCAAUUAAAGAAAGAAUCUAUUUCUAUAACAAGAAGCACGAUUCUGGAGUCUCCCCAUUUAUCGCUAAUUGAAUCGAUAUGCUUCAACACGGCAAAAUUUACAUUUAAAAGUAUACAGUAACGCAAAAAAGUUACCUAACUGGUACCGACUGCUCUAACAGCUUUAGUUAUUCGAGUUACAUUGGUUUUCCACUUGAUCGAUCGAUACAAUGAGAGAACAGCACAAAAUAAUUCACGUAUUAAAUCAUAUAUACUUUUCUUUUUAAAUCGCCGCAGGCUAUAAAUCUACUUUAACUUGUCUUUUUUGGACGCAUUCAAAUUUAGUCAUUGGUAUUCACGGGAUAUUCAAGAACUACUUGGAGGAACCGGUUCCAAUUCGUAGAAAAUCAGAAUCUGAACAACUGGUAUACAUAUAUACAGCCUAUAUAAUGAUAGAAUAUAAUUACUGACCACGGUGGAAUUAAACAAGGACACUAAGUUUUACGUCCACGAGUGUAUCUAGAUUUUACGGGAACAUCUUAAAGAACGGCGAAUCUGUGAAAAGACUCACAUGCGCGCGAUCUCUUGCAACGUCUGGUGUUUCGGCUUUAGAAAACGGUACCCAAUGUUGCGUGACACUGGCUUUCUCCGUAUUAAUUGCCAAAGUAUUCGAAUAAAUUAUCGGUGAAUUUUUAUUUUUUGCUGAUCGUAUAUGAAAUCGUAGGAUUAUCGUCUAAUAAAUUAUUGUCACAGAGUGUUACAGUGAAUUUUUUUGUGUAUGAUCCUGUAUAGUAAAUGCAAAUGGAAAAACUGGAAGUUGUAAAAUUGGAUGAAAAAGCAUCGAAGUUGGAAAAUUUUUGUAAAAUGGGCAGUGAGAUAACAGAGGAUUUAUAAUAGGAAAUAUAAGUGAUUUUUUGUUUGAUCGUUGCAUGUUAAUGUUGGAUCCUUAUAUUGAAAUAAAGACAACAAUGGAGAGAAGAAAAAACCAUAAAAAGUAUUCGAACAGUACGAGGAAUACACUCAAACAGAGUCAUGAAAAAAGAUACAAAAUUAAACCCAAUAAUUUUCAUAAUUGAGGUGCAAAGAAGAAUUAAAAUAAGAAUUACUUAAUAAUAUUCUCUUUUUUUUAAAUUUCCUACAAAUUUGUUGAGAUAUACAUUGCAUUAAAUUUAAAAAAAUAAUUGAUAAAACCAAGAAAUAUCAAAUUAGCACUAACAUAUUUCAACGAAACAUUUUUUCAUAAUACUUGAUCUUUAAAACACAUUUUCUCGUUAUCAUUGCCACUUGUUCCAUUGCGAGAUGAUAGCCUUAAUACAAUGUAAAUACAGGCUUCGUUGUUAAAACGUCGAAAAAAAUUAAUCAGCAUAUGACGCAAAUAAUGGUCAUAGUUGUUACAUAAUCCAAGUUUCAUUCUUUGUUUUUAUGUAAAAACGAUGAUUAUAAAUUCUAAAUUUAGAACUACGAUAAAUAAUUAUCAUAAUGAAAUAAAAUAAAAUUCUAAUAUGCAUAUGUAAACAUUACCUGAGCUUUAAAUAAAGAAGAAGAAUUUUCUCGAAGAAAUCUUUAUUCUACCAAGGAUUAUAGAGUGAUUAACUUACAGUAUGAAGAAGAAAUCAGAAGAAUUCACGCGUACGAUAAAUAAAUAAGAAAAGAACAUUUACUAAAAAUUGUUUACCGCAACGUUAGUUUAGGUUGAUGUGACCUCUAUCUCGUUUAGUUUCUAAGUUCAAGGUCCCUAUUCGAAGGAGUACUGGCUCCUCCAACGGAAGCGUAUCUUUUCCUUUGAACUUAUAUAUAGAAUGAAUCCAUACGAGUCGACUAAUAUAAGUCACUCGGGCGAGUGACUCCGGUAGUCGCGUGUGCUGCAAUGACGAGAGCAUUCUCUUAAAGUGAUCUAAAUGACUUUGGGACGUGACGUGAUAAACGAAGAAAAGAGUGAGGCCGAGGUAUGACGAUUGGAACGUUCUUUCGAGGUGAUACACGAUAGUAGAGUGUGCCUUGUGUUACGUCGCAGUUUCUUCAUCAUCCUGGUUACAGACGAAAAAAAAUUCCUUUCCGACGGAUAAUGGACGAUAAACAGAUGUACGAGAACUCCAGCGACAUACCGAAGAUUAACGGACAGCGUGCAACGAUUAAGGUUAGCGAGGAAAGGCUGCGGCGAUACUCGUUAACCAGUUUAAAAGAUUGUCGUCUCUCGGUUGACGAAAACGAUUACUGGAGAACGGUAGAAGGAGACGCUGGAGCACACGAAAAUGUUGAAAAAACGAGUCAGUCAAAAAUGAAGCCGCUGGCUAAUCACAAAAAAAGGACCAGGCAUUAUUCUUUGACCAGACUAAGAAGUCGCCGUUCUUGUCUCAAUUUUGAUGAUGACAAAAACAUCUUGACAAAGACAGAUGUUAACGAGACUGCUAAAGACAAAACGACACAAACUUUGAGGCUACCAUUACCUGGUGAAGGAAAAACGAUACACUGUUCUUUGUCGAAUUUGAACGAUCCAUCAAACGAUCUCUUAUCCACUAGAUUGGCUUCCUUUAGAUCCGUCAGAUAUCGACAGUCGAAUAGCUCGGAGAAAAUCGUGAUCGAUGACAUCCCUUUGAUCGAAACCACGAACGAUCACGUGGAAAUUGAUGCCGGUACACCUCCGCCAGUUGACGAAUCUCUCUUCUACGAUAAUCUCGACGUAUUUAAACAAGCGCAGAUCAACAGUAACGAUCUUAGAUCGAUCAUGUGGUCGAUCUUUACGACUGCAGAAAUGAAGAUACUGCUUGAGCUAGAAAAAUGCAAUACUUUGCCGGCGAUGCCGCCGGGAGAACGAAUGAGGAAUAUAGCGUACAUGUGGUCUUGUUACCGUGGUUUAGUGCAUCUGCUACCGAAAUUGGAACAAUCAGGCGCGAGACUCGAUUACGUGGAGCCUUGUACGGGUAUGAACGCCAUCCUAGCUGCUUCGUUAAGCGGUAACGUAGCUUGCAUCGAGCAUUUGAUAAAGAGGGGCGUUGAUAUCAAUUACCGGAAUCCAAUCAAUCAUUAUACGCCUCUUCACUUCUCUGUCCUCGGAAAUUCGCCGGAUGUAGCGCGAAUACUUCUUGAUAACGGCGCAAAACCGACCACGUAUCUUUAUCAGGAGACUGUUGAACCAGUUUUACAUUGCGCUAUCAGAGCAGGAGCUGUAAAAAUAGUGAAGUUAUUGUUGGAACAAGGAGCAAGCGUUGUCGAAAAGAAUCACAUGGGCGAGACGCCGCUUCAUGUAGCUUGUUUCAUUCAGUCGAUAAAAUGCGUUGAAUUACUUCUAGAUUCGCCUGGUACCAACAUCAACGCGGUGGACCGAGCUCAUAGAACUCCUCUACAUUUCGCUGUGAUGACUACUUAUUCUUCUGCAAAGCUCGUAGAACUUCUAUUAAAACACGGUGCCCUAGUGAAUGCCGCAGACAAAACUGGCUUCACUCCUCUUCAUGUAGCGGCCCUGAACGAACAAUCUCACUGUGUCGAUGUACUGAUUUGGGCCGGUGCAGACGUUAGUGCGACCACCAGUGCCGGACUUUCUGCCUUGAACAUUAUACUUAGGAAGAUACCAGAAUCUCUACAGGUGUUCCGACAGAGAUUAGAUGCCUCAAUAACACUCAGAAGACCCGUUCCUCAUAACAGAGAGUUCGAAAUGAGGCUGCACUUCGAUCUACUCUUCCCCAGUGGCAAUCAAUGCGAGACCAGCUUUAUAAACACGUUUGUCCAGGAACGUCGUAAAGAUUUACUAUCGCACCCAUUGGUAAUGGCUUUCUUGCACCUAAAAUGGGAAAAGAUAAGAAAAUUUUAUUUACUCAGGAUCCUAGUUUACGCCAUGACCGUGAUCUGUAUGACGACUUACGUGCUCACAGCGCUAGCUUACAAAUGUUACAACUACGACGAGGCAAAUAGCUCUAAGAUUUGCAGUAGCAAACGUAUUUCUGGAUUUCUGUUCAGACGACCAGUGAUUGAGAUCCAAUGGUAUCUCUUAUUAAUCUUCACUUGCAUCUCCAUUCCUAGGAAGAUAUUCGGUUUCAUGGUGUACACAUCCGCGAAACAGUACUUUUCCAAUAUUGACAACGUGCUAGAUGGCAUCGUUAUAAUUAGCGUUUUUGUUACGUCAUUCGUGUACACAGGACGUACAUACGAUUGGCAAAAUUACGUCGGAGCAUUCGCGAUACUGUGCGCCUGGACAAACUUAAUGUUGAUGGUUGGCCAACUUCCAGCUUUUGGCACAUAUGUAGCGAUGUUUACCCACAUACAGUUCGAAUUUGCCAAGCUGUUGCUCGCUUACUCUGGAUUACUAAUAGGGUUCACUAUUAGCUUUUGCGUAAUUUUCGUCGGUGAACCAUCGUUUGGCAACCCUUUCACGGGACUCAUUAAAGUGCUGGCGAUGAUGGCCGGAGAGUUGGACUUCGAGGGACUGAUUACGCAAAUCGAUGAUGGUUUAGAAGGAAACUCCGAGGGACCUUUCGUUAUUUAUCAUCCAUUGUCGGUAUGCUCCCAGAUCCUCUUCACGCUAUUCAUCGUGUUCGUCACAGUGAUCUUAAUGAACUUGUUGGUUGGGAUCGCUGUUCACGAUAUUCAAGGAUUAAGGAAUCAUGCUGGUCUCACAAAACUUGUACGCCAGACAAAAUUGAUCCUGUUUACGGAGAUGGUGUUACAUAAUAGUUCGAUUCCAUACGCUUUUCGAAAAUGGAUGUCCGAUCACAAGAUUAACGUAGAAAACAGAAAAAGGGUUUUGGUAGUGAAACCGUUGAAUCCUUUGGAGAAAAGGCUUCCGAAGGACAUUCUAAAGGCUGCUUAUGAAAUCGCACAGAAAAAUAUACCGUUUAUGAACGAUGAUAACAUUAAUCUGAGCGACCAUGUAAUGAGGAUGAGACAGCAGAGCGAGGACUGCUUUGACUCAAAUUUACAACUUGUUAUCGAGAAUCUGGCCAACAAACUACAGUCCUACGAGGACACGAUCGUGUUGCUGAAGGAGCAAUUAUUAGAUACUAAUAAAAUGCUGGAGAGUGUUGUGAAAAAUCUAACAAAGGAAAAGAAUAAUUGAGAUCAGCUAGAUCAUAUUUCCAUUAAUUUUUACGGAAAUGAUUGACAAAGUUGAUAUUGAAGCAACCAUUUCUGGUGGGGGUCCUACUGGACAAGCUGGCGCUGUUCGAUUUGGUAUUGCAAAGGGGCUUCAAAGCUUUGUCGAU